AUGCCAGAGCCUGUGUCGGUGCUCUUCGUCUGCCUGGGCAACAUCUGCCGGUCCACCAUGGCCGAGGGCAUCUUCCAGAGCCUAGCAAAGCAGCCGCAGUACCAAGGCAAGAUUGGGCGCAUCGACUCCUGCGGCACAGCUGCCUACCACGCGGGCGAGGAUCCGGACUCGCGAACCAUGUCGACGCUCGAGGCUAAUGGGAUUGCCGACUACGAGCACGCCGCUCGCCGGUUUAAAACGACGGAUUUCGAAGUCUUUGACUACAUCUUUGCCAUGGACCGGUCCAAUCUGUCUGACCUCCAGCGCCUGCACAAGGGCAACCCGGACACAAAGGCCAAGGUGAUGCUCUUUGGGGAGUUUAGCGGCACGGGCAAGGCCGAGGUGGUGAGCGACCCUUACUACGGCGGGCGGGACGGGUUCGAAAAGGCGUUUGAGCAGUGCAGCAGGUUCUCCAAGAACUUUAUCAGGGAUGUCAUCGGCGAGUAG